CUAGAAUAAUGGCGCAGGAAAGUGAGGAAGACUUCAACACCCUGGAAAAGGUCUUCUUUAAGACGACUGAGAACCUGGAUAACUUGGGAUUCAUGGCGCGUUAGUUGGAUGCAGAACUUAAACAAGACAUAAACAAGCAUGAGAGGUGUCGGUUAGCCGCCGAGAGGCCGGACAGUUUGAUGCCAUCCGCCGUCCGUCCGAGCUCUCAAAGCUCUCUCGCUGUUGAAGAAACUGUGCCAUUGACCAUGGCCAGCGGGCCCCCAUUCAUCUCAGCAGCUCAAACGCCGGACGCCCACCCACACUGGCCAUUUGGAAGACAAUCGCAUGCUCCUGCCGGUCCCUGGAGCCCUGCGACUGACCUUUUAACCACUGAAUUGAAAGAGCCCAGGAGCAGCAGCAGUUUGAGCACUUCCGCCGCCUGCUCCGUCUUCUGCUCCCGGAGAUGCUUCUGGAUGUCGCGGAUCCAAGCCGCCCGUCUGACGUACGGACAGGGGCUGCUCCUCCGCAGCAUGCCGGGCAGCUUGUCGGACUUGAGCAUCAAGGAGAUUGUGGCCAACAUAACCACCAGUGACCUCCUUGCUGCCGAGGCCCCGGACGCAGACCCGAAAAGACCGCCACGUUGCUGCCCAGCCCUCCCGAUGGCGAAGAAGAUAAUCGCCGUGGCGCUAACGCUGCUGCUGGUGGCAGCGGUGGCCACGUUUGUUGGCGUCUUCUUCGGCGUGGGGUCAGAGACGCGCCCGAGCGAGCACGUGUACCUGAGGGCGGCUGUGGCGGCGGAUGCCGGACCGUGCUCUGUGAUCGGCAGUAACACGCUGAAGAAAGGGGGCUCUGCAGUGGAUGCCACCAUAGCCACCCUGCUGUGUGUGGGGCUGAUGAACGCCCACAGUAUGGGCAUCGGGGGAGGGCUGUUCAUCACCAUCUACAACGCCUCAACAGGGAGAGUGGAGACCAUCGACGCCAGGGAGACGGCGCCUCGAAACGCUACGGAGAAUAUGUUUGGCAACAGCACUGACUUGUCUCAGAGAGGUGGAUUGUCCGUGGCAGUUCCGGGGGAGAUCCGGGGUUACAAACUGGCACACGAGCGACACGGCAAACUCCCUUGGAGGGAUUUGUUCCAGCCCAGCAUUGAACUGGCAGAAAAGGGCUUUCUUAUUGGAAGGGCGCUUGCCUCUGCUCUGUUGAGACACAACAACACUGUCGUCAAAGACUCAGCCUUGUGUGAGGUCUUUUGCAAGAUUGGCAGCGACGUCCUGAAAGAAAACGACACCAUUAGGUUCCCGAAACUUGCAAACACCUACAGGAAGAUAGCGGAUCAAGGGCCUGAUGAGUUCUACCUCGGAGAAAUAGCCAAGAACCUGGUGGUGGAUAUUCAGGCUGCAGGCGGCAUCAUCACAAUGGAGGAUCUGAGGGAUUAUGUGCCCGUCUUGGAUGAGAAGCCUUUGAGCGUGAACGUGGGGGAGUACAUCAUGGCUGUUCCCAAUGCCCCCGCUAGCGGCCCCGUGCUCUCCUUGAUAUUAAACAUCUUGAAUGGGUACAACUUGACGGCCGACAGCGUGGCCAGCAGCGAUGCCAAGGUCCUGACGUACCACCGCGUCAUCGAGGCCUUUCGCUUCGCCUACGCAAAAAGGAGCUUGUUGGGAGACCCUGCGUACCUCAACAUCACCAAUCUCAUCCAGAACAUCACCUCGCAGAACUACGCCGACGACAUCCGGGGAAAGAUCACGGAUGAGACGACUCACCAUAUGAAUUACUACGAGCCGGAGUUUUACCUGCCGGACGACCACGGAACCUCACACCUCUCCGUGGUGGCGGAGGACGGCAGCGCAGUGGCGGCCACAAGCACCAUUAACCAAUUUUUUGGCUCCAAAGUCAUGUCGAGGUCAACGGGGAUUCUCCUCAACAACGAGAUGGACGACUUCAGCUCACCGCUCAUCACCAACGGCUUUGGAGUGCCGCCUUCGCCCAGCAACUUCAUCAGGCCAGGGAAAAGGCCCAUGUCCUCCAUGUGUCCAACCAUCAUCUUCGACAAAAAGAGCCAAGUCAAGAUGGUGGUGGGCGGCUCGGGAGGCACCAAGAUCACUACCUCCAUCGCUCAGGUGAUUCUGAAGGCGCUGUUCUUUGACUACGACUUGAAGAAAGCCGUGUCUGAUCCCAGGCUGCACAACCAGCUGAGCCCCAACUACACUGUCGCCGAGCACGACUUUGACAGAAACAUCAUGGCCGGUUUGACAGAGAAGAACCACGAGACGUCGUACCUCAGGUCGACCGGAGCGGUGGUGCAGGCGGUGGUUCGUUACGACGACGGGCUCCACGCCGAGUCGGACCCUCGCAAGUGGUCGUACGCCGCGGGCUACUGAGGUCACCAACAUCACACUCUUGUGCCGUAGAUUGGAGGUUAACACAAGGAGAGUGGCUACUGUGUAGCAACUAACGGGGAGGGGGCAUUUUGAGCACAUAAACACUGGAGAUUUAACACAUGACACUUAAUAAGGUUGGUAGCGGAAUGAUGUUUUUGGCAAACAGAACCCCUCAGGACCAUUAAAAAAAAAAAAAAAAGUUGCUCGUCUUAUCUGCUGUAUCUUGAUCAGACUGUGAAUGUUUCAAACACAGCCACGUUUUGUCCAAUCACAAAAGUGUACGAUUCCUCGCUAUUUAUGAUUUUGUAAAUCAAUGCAGCUGUCAAUUAAAAAGGUGACAUUGUGAUAUUCA